UUUGUUAUGCGUAAUAUAUCUGUGUUUGCCUGUGUCAUUUCCUAAACUGUCGAAGGCUGGGAUUUAUGGUGCUCGCUGCUUGCAACAGCAAAUGACAGAUACUCUUGGGGAGGGGGGAUGCUCCAUGAAACGGCUUAGCUUGUCUCCUCAAAGAGAGCCGAGCCUCCUCCUCCUGCCGAUGCGAACCAGACUUGCACUGAAUCGACCCUCCUCCUACAUACGUUAAACAGGCUUGCAGAUGCAGGCGUGUGCGGGAUACGCGCGGGGAAUCGCGAGCGUGUCUCGCCUGGAGUUUGUCCGGAACGCGCUCGGCAGCUUGUGCUUUUAAACUGGAAGCCAACUGACGGAGCGGGGCGACGGACUGCGGUGCAAGAGAAAUCGUAAUGUGAGUUCUGUUAUGUGAGAUGGGGUGUUCCUCCCCUUGUGGGUGGAGGUGGGCUGUGCUGCAUCCUCUCAAGAUCAUGCCGGUUUUUGUGCCAUGGCUUCUCCUACUGGCAUACAGCCCAAUGCUCACAGUACUCUGCUAUCCCACAGUCCCCUUGCCCCUGGCGCAGGACAGAGCAGUUAGGCAUACAUCCAAGGGGGGACUGAGUCUGGCUGUCCGGCAGCACCUGGAGCAGCUCAGCCAAGAAGAGAGCAGAGGGGCCAACUGGACAGCCAUUGAUAUGACUGACUUCUUGGAGCAGAAGGAUGAAGGCACUACCAGUGAGGCCAACUUGGAUGAAUAUGCAUACCCAGACUACCGGGGAAAGGGGUGUGUAGAUGAGACCGGCUUUGUCUUCGCUAUUGGGGAGAAGUUCACACCAGGCCCAUCCACUUGCCCAUGCUUGUGUACAGAGGAGGGGCCAUUGUGCUCCAAACCUGACUGUCCCAAAGUGCAUCCUCGCUGUCUCCGCAUUGACACCAGCCAGUGCUGCCCCCAGUGUAAAGAGAAGAAGAACUACUGCGAGUUCCGUGGAAAGAUUUACAUGGCCCUGGAAGAGUUCAAGGUCUCCCCUUGUGAGAAGUGCCGCUGUGAGCCCAGUGGAGAGGUGUUAUGUACUGUAUCAGCCUGUCCUCAGACAGAAUGUGUGGACCCGGAAUAUGAACCCGAUCAGUGCUGCCCCAUUUGCAAGAGUGGGCCAAACUGCUUUGCAGACACAGCAGUGAUCCCAGCAGGCCGGGAGGUGAAGAUGAAUGAGUGCACAAUCUGCUACUGCACCUAUGAGGAAGGAACCUGGCGCAUAGAGCGUCAAGCCACCUGCAGCAAGAAUGACUGUCGGCGCAGAUAGAGGCGGGCCAAACAGAUCACAUGACAUGGUACAGCCUUCAUCCAGCCAACCAGAGGGAUGUUGCCGUGCCACAUAACAUUAUGAUUCUCCAGCUACUCAUGUAUCCUGCAGACAGAAACUUUCUAUGACUUUUGUACUUCAUGUGAAAAGGAUAUUUAUCUAUUUUCAUGUACAGUUCAUGUAUGAAUUGUUAGAAAAUUUGAUGUAGAGUCAAAAGAUAUUUUUAUAGGACUGUAUUUUAAUAUACUGUGAAUUAGGAGACAAAGCACUAAUACAUUGGAUGGGAAGAUAGACAGGAUGUUACGGGAAUGUUACAGGAACAUAAACAGUGCCAAGAAAACCAUUAGACAAACUGAAUACAACUCAUUAUCCCGGCUCUUGUGGGUAUGGAUGGUCUGUGAAAUUAUAGGAAAUAAUGAUUGUCCGCAAAUGUUUGUAUUUGUUCUCUGUUGCUUGAAAAUAGGUUUUUAAUUGCAUUUUUGUUUACAAUAUGAUGCUGUAUAUUGUCAACAUUUUGGACAAAACUUAAAUAAAGCAAACUGCAUAUUGCGCUACAGGA